GUCCUAUCCCAUGGAAUGGAAUGGAUUCAGUGGUAGAAAUAUUCCAACUCUCAAUUACAGAACACCUCGUCCGAGUCUUCUCAAUCUAUUCAGUUAGUCAGUUGGUAAGAAAAUUCCCAACUCCCAAUUUCCAGAGAUUUUCCUAAGUUGUCCGCCGCUCGUCCGCCGCAUACAAUUAGUGAUGUGAAUCACACACUCCGACUCCGUGUCUCCGAUCGCCGCUCGAUGUUCUGAACUUCCGCCGUUUUGAACUCUCCGAUUGCUCCCGCACGCACUUCACCUGACACUCGACGGCGAAGCUCGUCUUCUCGAAUAAGUUCACCACCCAGAUCCCCUCGUACGGGUUGCACCUAUGGAUUUUCGGUUUGAAACCGAACCGACCUAAAAUUCUGUCUAAACAAGUAUAGGCCCUGGCCCUGAACAUAAUUGGGCCCAAUCCCAACCAUUUUUCAAGGUUAAAAAAAAAAGGAAGAUCAGUGAACGGAGAAGCAAGAAAACUGCACUCCACACCCCGGUGAUCAGUAGACGGCCCAGCUCAUAUUCGCAGCUGGUAAGCCGCCGCCGGCAAGAGGAAUUUGGCUUCUCAAAGCUCCAAAGAGNNNAAGUUAGAUUUUCCUUAGGAGCCUUCAUUGUGGAAUAAAAGAAUGAACUUGGUGAAAAUCAUGGUGGAGUCUUUCUAUUUUAUGUGCAGUGUCCAGUUCUGGAGAAUGGCAUUGCUCUGGACUCUUUCUCUCAUAUUUUCUUAUUUGGAUUUGUUCACCCAACGGUUUAUGACUUCGAAAUUGAAGCUUUAUCCUCGAUACUCACCGAAAGGUUCAGCAAACUUUAAUUCGCCUGCAGGGAAGCCGGUCUGCAUAAUUACGGGGGCGACAUCUGGCUUGGGUGCAGCUGCUGCAUAUGCUCUUUCCAAGGAGGGGUUUUAUGUUGUUCUUGUUGGAAGAUCGUCAGAACGUUUAUCGAGGGCUAUAUCUGCUGUUAAGAGUGGAAACCAAGAUUCUUGUCUGAAAGCUUUUGAGGUCGAUCUCUCGUCCUUCAAAUCCAUCAUCCAGUUCAAACACUCACUUGAGCAAUGGCUAUUGGAUUCGAAAAUGCAUUCUUCUGUUCAACUCCUGAUAAAUAAUGCUGGGAUUCUAGCAACAUCACGUAGGCUCACUUCUGAAGGAUACGAUGAGAUGCUGGCUACUAAUUAUAUGGGUGCAUUUUGUCUUACUAAAAUCUUACUUCCCCUUCUUCAGAAUAGCCCUGUUCCGUCUCGUGUGGUCAACCUCACAUCUUUCACACACAGAAAUGUUUGUUGCAUGCAAGCUAACAGAGAAACUAUAUCUGGGAAGAGUUUCGUGAAAUCAAAAUCCUAUCCCUACGCACAAAUUUACGAGUAUUCUAAAUGUUUGACCUGGAAACUUAUAAGGCUGUUAAUUUUUCAGAAGUACCUUAAUGCAAUAACUAUUCCUCCAUUAAGAGUGCAAUUUGUAAAACAGGAAAACGGAUAUGAUGAAGUAUCUGGUGUUUACUUUUUCGGAGGAAACGGUAGAUGUCUGCAAUCUUCUAGGCUUUCUUACAACUCCAGGCUUGCUAAGGAUCUCUGGGCUACCUCGUGCAAUCUUUUCCAAGAAUUGGUGCUAAACUUUUGAAGCUUAUGCUUAACACACUAGAUGACAUUAUCAUUUGAGAGAUCAUUUUCGACUGUGAAAGAUUAAACCAAAUUCCUCAAACUUGGUCACAUUUUCAAUGCACAGACAGUUAGAAUUGUGUAUUUUGGCUCCAAUUUAUGGUUGUGAUGAAUUGUGGCAGGGAUUGCGCUUGAAAGGUUGAUUCACUUCUAAAGAGUGGAUGGGUGAACAUUACUCAUAGUCAUAGUUUAUGUGCAAACAAUGAUUGGGAACUUAUUAGAUUUAAAUCAAUAUAACAACAACA